CGUGUGAAUUAGCAAAGAAAAAUAAAUAAACAAAUAAAGGAAGAGGGAAACGUUUCUCAGCUAAAACCCUACACCAGGCGGGAAGAACAAUAAACCCUACCUUCGUUUUCUGUCUGCGUGCAUCUUUGCUGCUGGGAAUUAUCCUGAGUAGCCAAAUGCAUAAAAAGGUUUCAGCUUUGGACAUGCCUGAUGUGCCGAAAGGCCAGCUUCCUCCACAUCUCGAGCUUCAGAGGACUCGCGUUCUCUGUAAUGCUGAUGCUCCUGUGCACACAGAGACCAUACAAUACUCAGGAGCAUAUGCGUCAAUGGGAAUUGAUAACAGUGUACAGUUGGACCAAUUUUGCAAGAAUUUUAGAGUUGAAGUGAUUCGGCUUACAGAGGAUGACAUGGAGUUUGACAUGAUUGGUAUCGAUCCUUCCCUUGCUAAUGCAUUUCGAAGAAUCCUUAUAGCAGAGGUUCCAACUAUGGCUAUUGAAAAGGUUCUCAUAGCAAACAAUACAUCAGUCAUCCAGGAUGAAGUGCUUGCUCACAGGUUGGGUCUUAUUCCAAUCAGGGUAGACCCAAGAUUGUUUGAUUACAUGUCAGAAAAUGAUACACCUAAUGAAAAGAACACCAUUGUUUUCAAACUCCAUGUUAGUUGUGAACGACGUGGUCCUCGUCUCAGUGUAAAAUCAGAUAAACUGGAGUGGUUACCUAUUGGAAGUGAGUUUCCGUUGGCCGUUGAAAAUCCAACUUCAAGUUCAACCUCAAGACCAAAAACCUAUACUUCAUUCCGCUGCCGCCAAGACUCCCUGCCAGAAUUUGCCAACAAUCCUAUUUGUCCUAAGAAUCCUGAUAUUAUUAUUGCUAAACUUGGCCCAGGCCAGGAAAUUGAGCUAGAAGCCCUUGCUGUUAAAGGUUUGGGUAAAACACAUGCGAAAUGGUCCCCAGUGGCCACUGCUUGGUAUAGGAUGCUUCCUGAGGUUGUCUUAUUGCAAGAAGUUGAAGAUGAGAAGGCUGAAGAACUAAAAGAGAAAUGUCCAGUCAAUGUAUUUGACAUUGAAGAUAUUGGCAGGGGUAAGAAGAGGGCAACUGUAGCAAGACCACGUGCUUGCACACUCUGUAGGGAAUGCAUCAGAGGGGAUGAAUGGAAAGAUUAUGUGGCAUUACGACGUGUUAAAGAUCAUUUCAUAUUUACCAUCGAAUCAACUGGAGCAUUACCUCCUGAAGUGCUGUUCACUGAAGCUGUGAAGAUCUUGGAAGACAAGUGCGAACGCGUCAUUACUGAACUCUCUUGAUGCUUUGAUCUUUGUGAAGAUAAUGCUGGACUCUUGAAGGAGAUGCAGGGGCCAAAGCUGUAAAGAAAGGGGUUUAUUGUUUUAUAUGUGACUGUUCUCUGUUUCCCCUCAUGUCAGACUCUGACUUAUUUUUUCUUCACUAGUUUCAGGAUGUGGAAGAUCUUCCUAGUUAGGUCAGCUACAAUGGGGGCUAAACCUUUGUGGUAUUUAAAGAUGCAGUCAGAUCUUAUAUUAAAUUUGAUUUUUGACCAAAAAACAUGUUGCUGAUUUUUGCCCAGGUUGCACUGUUCAAAUAUACCUUGAAAAUCGUAAAUAGAAUCUUGCGGUUCCUGGGGUUGCAAAUGAGCUACUGAGCAUUUGGUUGUUCCCGGCUUAAACUGGGUUGGGCCUGAGCGGAGCUUGGGGACGAAGAUGCACUCUUAAGUUGUUUAAGCUUAGUUUCAUUUAUACUUACUGCUCAAGCUUGUUAUUUAGUUUAAUUCAACAUGCACUUUUGUGUCAAAUUCUGGGAAUUUAACAUUAGCUAACGCUACUUAACAAUCAUAGUUAGACAUUUUUGUUAAAAAUUUUGAAAUAAUAUCGGUUAAUGCUUAUAAA